AUGAUGAUGAUGAUUAUGAUUCAGGGAAUGACCUGGAAAAGGGCCAGAUCAACCUUAGCCCCGACCUUCUCUGCGGCUAAGAUGAAGAAGAUGUCGGGGAUCAUGGGGACAACCGUGGACACAAUGAUAGACAUUCUCAGGAGUAAGAUUGACGAAGCUGAAAUCAUCGAUUUUAAUGAAGUUUAUCAGAGGCUAACUUUAGACACUAUAGGUCAAUGUGCUCUAGCAAUGAAUGUAAACUGUCAACGGGAUCCAGAGGAUCGUUUCCUGAAGAUGGUCAGAGCAGCGCUGGAUAGACAGAUCGAUACAACUGUGAUCAUAUCAUCUUGCUUUCCUGCUGUGGAGAAAAUAAUUGCUUGGAUGUUCAGCAGGCGAGGAAGAAAAAGAACUAAUCAAGUUAUAAUAGAAAAAUGCAGAGAAGUGCUGAAGGCCCGACGUGCUAAUCCGCCAAAUCCGCCGCCAGUUGAUGCGCUUCAGCUGUGUAUGGAUGCCGCGGGAACAGAUGGAAAACUGAGUGAAGACGAGAUUGUAGCACAUGAGUUUAUAUUUAUACUUGCAGGGUAUGAAACGACUGCAGCAGCCCUUAACUUCACCACCUACCUUCUUGCUAAACACCCAGAGAUACAGAGCAAGCUUCAGCAGGAAAUAGAUAGAAAAUUCAAAAAGGAUAUAAAAGUAAACUACGACAAUGUCACUGAGCUUGAAUACUUGGAUAUGGUUUUAUCUGAGAGUAUGCGCGUAUAUCCCCCAAUUCCGCUUCAUAUAGGUAGAUGGGCAAGCCAAGAAAGAACUAUUUGUGGGAAAACCAUUCCUCAGGGAGCAGGAGUGCUGGCAGCAACAUGGAUUCUCCAUCACCAUCCAGGAUUUUGGACGGAUCCCUGGAAGUUUGAUCCAGAAAGAUUUUCUACGGAAAAUAGAGAUAAGAUCAUAGAGAUGACGUAUAUGCCUUUUGGUGAUGGCCCUAGGAAUUGUAUUGGGAGAAGGUUUGCUCUAAUGGAAGCUAAGAUGGCUCUAGUUGAAGUAUUCAGACAGUUUACUGUAUCUGUAUGUGAGUCUACUCCAAACCCUCUUCCUGUCAGAAACAAAGGGCUAACACUAGCUGUUGUGGGAGAUAAACUGCAUCUUCGUGCUGAAAGGAGAGAUUAAGAAGGAGACCCUGCUUCACAUCUCAACUUAAAAGUCGUAGUUCAUUUAAUUUUUACACAGCUAUUAAUAUUUUGCAUUUUUAGUAUUGUUAUUAUUCACAUUUUUGUUUUUAACUAAAUUAAUAAAUUUUUCUUCAUAUUAAUAUAUCAUCUGAUAUUUGAGUGAAGCAAAUAAAAAAUGUUAAAGUUUUAAAAAUGUCAAGAAUAAAACCGUCAGGCGA